CACUCACUCUGUUUGACGUUGCUUUGUACCUCCUGGGAUAGUCAGAUGUGAAUGAGGAGAGAAAGAGGGAUGUAGCAGCUGAGUGCUCAGCCCAUUGGGACCACAGGCUUUUUGUCUGGAGCAUCACUUCCUUCAAAAAAUGUCAGGAGCAAUUAUAGAGAACAUGAGCACGAGGAAGUUGGUUAUCUUCGGUUUGUUUAUUCUCCUGUUUCAAGUCCUCUCAGUCAUGGUCGGAGCAUUUAUCGCCCCCAAUCCCACCAGUGCCAUCCGCUACCUUGCCACCAAAUGCAUCAAUCGGCACAGGUCACGCAUCUGGCUCAUGCCAUGGGGAUCAAACCGGUGCCAGCAGAUCCACAGUUUUGAUGAGCCUCUUGCAAAAUUACUGGACGCCAAUGACAUUGUGUUUGCUGUGCAUGUUCCUCUCCCCAACCGGGAGAUGAGCCCCUGGUUUCAGUACAUGCUGGCCGUUCUGCAGGUUGAUAUUGCUUUCAAAAUGAUCAAUCAGAUCGAAGAUGAUGUCGUCAUUACUAUUGAUGCUGGCCUGGCACACAGGGAUGAUUUGAAAUCAAAGUGGACCACAAAGUUUCACUCAGUGGAGCAAAGGCCGCUCCGGUGCACCUUUGAUGUCCCAAAGACAUAUGAAAAUGAAGGCCGCUUCUAUCAGUGCGACCCCAUACCAUUCAUGGAACUGGGAAGUGUGGCGCAUAAAUACUUUCUCAUUAACCUGCGCCUGCCAGUGAAUGACACAGUGAAUGUUGGCAUUGGAGACAUAAAGGACAUCCAUAUAGUGGGCAUUCACCAAAAUGGAGGCUUCACCAAAGUGUGGAUCAGCAUGAAGACUGUGUUCAGCCCCUGGAUAUUUGUGGCAACAGUUUGGUACUGGCACAGGAUCAGCCUCAUGACAAGACCUCCAGUCCUUUUAGAGAAGGUGAUUUUGGCUCUUGGCAUCUCCAUGAUGUUCCUGAACGUGCCUGUGGAGUGGCUCUCUCUGGGUUUUGAGUGGACGUGGAUGCUGCUGUUUGAGGAUGUUCAGCAGGGCAUCUUUUACGCCACUCUGUUCUGUUUCUGGAUCAUCUUCUGUGGUGAACACCUCAUGGACCAAAGUCAGAGGAAUCGGCUCUCAGCGUACUGGUGGCAGGUUGGGCUGGUGGUGUUUGGUUCAUCUAUUCUCCUCAUAUUUGACCUGAGUGAAAGGGGGGUUCAUUUGACCAAUCCUUUCUACAGUGUUUGGGCAUCAAAGGUUGGGUCGAGGGUGACAAUUACUUUCAUUAUUGUUGCAGGGAUUUCUGUUUGUCUAUAUUUUGUCUCCUUGUGUGGCAUGGUGCGAUGUGUGUUCAGGAACAUUGGUGGGAAAAUACAGCAGCUCCCUGCAAUGCCAGAGGCCAGAAGACUGCGUUACAAGGGUAUUAUCUUCAGAUUCAAGUUUUUAAUGCUGGUAACUUUAGCAUGUGCAGCCAUGACCGUCAUCUUCUUCAUCUUGAAUCAAGUGAGUGAAGGUCACUGGCACUGGGGAGACUACACCCUUCAGGUCCACAGUGCUUUUCUCACAGGGAUGUACGGCAUGUGGAACCUGUAUGUUUUCACCAUCAUCUUCCUUUAUGCCCCCUCCCACAAGAACAGAAACAAGUCAGCAGACAGUCAACAAACAGAUAUGGUGGACAAACCAGACAGCCAAGAGACUCAGCUGACAUGUGGAGAGCCAUGGCCCACAGAGACGUACAGGAUGACAGGGAAGGUGGCUGAAGAGUGACCCCAAAACUUUAUGUGUUUCUGAAAAUUAUUCUACUCGGUUUCUAUAAACAUUAAACUUUCAUAUGUAUAUAUGAAAUGUAGAUGAUAUUAAAGAUACAAUAUUAGAACAUAUGAAGCUGUAACACAGAAAGCUAGAUGAGCAGGCAGUUUUCAACACAAUAGGCCCAUAUUCACAUUGUGUUGCGUGGUGGAUGCUAAACAUUGUUUAAUAUUUCAGGAUAAUAACAAUGUAAAGGAUGAUUUAUUCUGUUUAUUUUUCUGUGUGUCUUU